CUCCCUUGCUCGAGAAAGAUGGAAUUUGGUGUUUGGUGAAUUUUUUGGGGCAGAUUUACCCGCUCUCCUUGUAAGUAGGUGCUGAUUAGUUUAGUGCUAUGUUUUAGGACUCGGGUACGGGUAUCAAUUUGCAAGUAUGUGUCUAAGUGGUCGGGUUCAUUCGAUUUUAAUUCCAAGGACACGGGGAUACACCAAAAUAUCCAAAUUUGAUGUGUUUUUAAGGUUGCAUUGAAGUGUUUCCAUUAUGUUCGGUCGCACGCAAAUGAGAAGUGAUAACACCAAGUACUAUGAGAUUCUUGGUGUUUCAAAAAGUGCUAGUCAAGAAGAGCUCAGGAAGGCAUACCAUAAUGAUGCUAGAAAGAAGCAUCCAGAUAAAGGCGGAGAUCCUGAGAAGUUCAAAGAGCUGUCUCAAGCUUACGAAGUUCUCAGUGAUCCGGAGAAAAGAGAAAUUUAUGAUGAAUAUGGUGAAGAUGCCCUUAAAGAGGGAAUGGGAGGGGCCAGUGAUUCUCAUAGUCCGUUUGAUAUAUUUGAACAAAUUUUUGGUGGAGGAGCUUUUGGUGGAGGUGCUAGUUCAAGAGGUAGAAAGCAGCAGGGUGAAGAUGUGAUUCAUAGUCUAAAGGUUUCUUUGGAGGACUUGUAUAAUGGCACAACUAAGAAGCUCUCUCUUUCGAGAAAUGUCUUGUGCCCUAAAUGUAAAGGGAAAGGAUCAAAGAGUGGGAAAUCUGGAAGAUGUUACGGGUGCCAAGGUACUGGAAUGAAGGUCUCAACAAGACAGAUUGCACCGGGCAUGAUCCAACAGAUGCAACAUCCCUGUCCUCAAUGUAGAGGCUCAGGAGAGUCCAUCAGUGAGAGAGAUAAAUGCCCUCAGUGCAAAGGUAAAAAGGUUGCACAUGAAAAGAAAGUGGUAGAGGUGCAUGUAGAGAAAGGGAUGCAGAACAAUCAGAGGAUUGUGUUCAAGGGAGAAGCUGAUGAGGCUCCUGAUACAAUUCCAGGAGACGUAGUUUUCGUAUUGCAUCAAAAGGAGCACCCAAAGUUCAAGCGGAAGUUUGACGAUCUCUAUGUAGAACAUUCUCUCAGUUUAACCGAAGCUCUCUGUGGGUUUCAAUUUUCCCUAACUCAUCUUGAUGGCAGGCAGCUCCUAAUUAAAUCAAACCCUGGGGAGAUGAUCAAGCCUGAUCAGUACAAGGCGAUCAAUGACGAGGGAAUGCCACAUCACCAGAGACCAUUCAUAAAGGGCCGACUUUUCAUCCACUUUAAUGUGGUUUUCCCAGAGUCUGGAUUCCUUUCCCCUGAGAAGUGCAGGGAUUUAGAAGCAGUUCUACCUGGAAAGCCAGGAAAACAGCCGUCUGAUAACGAGAUGGAUGAGUGUGAGGAAACAACUUUGCACGAUGUUGACAUGGAGGAAGAGAUGAGGCGGAAGGAGCAACGACGGCAGUACGAGGCUUAUGACGAUGAAGAUGACGACGACGAUGAGCCAACUAUGCCGCAUAGGGCGUGUAACCAGCAAUAAGAUUUUGAGGUAUGUUAUCUCGUCAUUUCUGUUUUUAGACAUGAUAUGUUUUUCCCUUGGGAGAUGGGUUUUUUGUUUUUUUGUUGUUGUCAUGAGAUUGGAUUUAGGAUUGUAUCUUUAUAUUGUCCUACACAGUUCUUGUUUUCAUAGUCACUAUCAGUAGCUUUUGCCGGUUAUCUCAUAUUUAAUGUUGGAUGUUGGCUUUUCUCA